AUGUCGCAAAUUUCAGUGCACUCAUUGUUCAAUUUGCAUCUAAGCCCUCAUGGAAACAAGCAAGUGCGCAAGUUGGACCAAAAGUCGCAGACUUUGUUCGCCUGGAUCGUAUCAGCGCCCGACCCGUUGGAUAUGGCAAGCCCAUACUGUGCCUUGGUGCCGGUGCUCUUUCGAACCCAGCAGACGGUACUAAUCCAGCCGAACGCGGUCAUCUUGUGCCGUCCGAUGACGGCGCUCCAUCGAACCCGCAAACGGCACACCAGCCCACGCAGCGAUUGA